CCGUUAUAAGCCCACGAUUUGACAGAAAGGAGAUCUGGAGUUGUCUAACAUGGCGACGUUACCGAAAAGACUAGUACUGCUGGUGGCACUCUCGCUGUGCCUUGCACUAGGCGCCGCUGAGAUCCUCCUGAACCCUGGCUUCGAGAACGGCAUCACCAACUGGCACAGUGACGGCUUCACCCUGAGCACUGACACCAGUCACGUGCACAGCGGAAACGCGGCCGUUAAAUGCUCCGGACGGUUAGUACCAGGUUGUUUGUAUUCGAAAUAACGGUAAAAGAUGAUAAAGCACAAAUUAGACUAAUAAACCGUUAUAGUUACGCACACAUUUCAGAGUUUUAUUAUAAAAUGUUUACUUUGAGAGUAGGUAGGUAAUAUUUAUAGACGGGAGGAAGUUAUUUGUUAUUCAGAACAAGAACCGUAGCGAGGGACCUUCAACCCCCUAAGGCUGCAAGGAGCCAAGGCUAUUUAAGGGGCUCAAAGUUGCGAUGUGUUAAAAUAAAAAAAAAAUUAAUCGAUCAGUUUUGAUGGCAGGGAGCACAAAAUCGAAAGGUGGAAGGUGGCCUUCCACAAAUCACGCGACGGCUCUGGCUGGAAGCUCGAAAACCAUUUGUUAAGUGAGUCGCAUUGUCAGCAUUAACCUAUCCGAGUGUCAUACAGCUCUUAACACAUCUGAGAACAUAUUUUUCCGACAUAUACAGUGUUUUGUAAUAAUUGUUGAAAAUACGAACCAUUCAAGACCUCGGCAUUAUGGCCAACCUCAUUGUAGAAAACAAGAGAUCUAAAGGUACGCAGGGCUGGAUUUCUGGUGAACGCCAAAUCACAUAAAUAUUAAGACUAUGAACAGCGAAACAAAGAAUGAACAAAGAGACCGCCAGUGAUGGGGAUGGAGGUGAUGCUUUCAUGCAUUGGACGCCUCCAUCUUGUUUUCUCUCACACACUCUCAAAUCAACGUUGAAACCAUGUAUAUUUUUGGAAUAGGGAAAUCAGGGAUCUGACAUUUGAUCUAGGGUGUAAAUCUCUCCGUAGAUAAAUCAUCGUGAGGUGCCUCGGGUGUGGUGAAGGGAGCGACCGCCCUAGACGGUAUUUUUGUGGGAUUUAUAUAUUACUUUACAUAGAUAAUGUGUGUGUUUGUUAAGGGGGCACACUUUUGGGGGGUUUAUUGCCUGAAGGUGGAGUUUAGUCAAGGUAUGCCACCGAAAUAGUGUAACUCAUUUCAGGCUUGCAGCAUUCGGUGAACCAGAUUGAACCAGAUAUUAUAUCUUAAAGUUAUUGAAUGAGGUCACGUUAUAUAUAUAUAUAUAUAUAUAUAUAUACACACGUUUAAAUAGCUAUCAACCUCCUAGAGUCAGUGAAAAGUGGGUUUCCAAAAGACACGUACAGGCCACAUUUUGAUCCGCUUUUCAGUGGUAGCAAACUGAAAACAUCAGAAAUACCGACGGUGCGAGAUUACAUUUAUGGCCUGAGCCCAGCAACACAACCUUUUGACAUAUACGUCAUUUCUAAUAACUAUUAGAGAUUCUUAUUCCUUGACUGGCCCGUGGGUCAUCCUUAAAGUGAGCCAGCGCCCAGCCUGCGUUAUGCAAUGCUACUACGAAGUUGUUAAUCUCCCGAAAUUUUGUUGACUUUCCAUGUAGAACCAGCAAGAUCCAGGGACCGGCCCAAAUCGUCCAUCUUAAAUCUGGCGGCUACUACACCAUCACCGGAUUCAUCAAGUUUGUCCAAGGGGUCAACUCGCACCAAGAGCCCGUGGUCACGGUCGCCCUGAAGCCGAAGAGCGGUGGUCAGUAUAGCAACAGUUACCCAAUUUUUUUUUAAAAAAUGUAUAUACAAAAAUAGUAUACUCACAUAAAAAUACGUUUGAGAAAACUGGAGUUAACACUAAUACAACAAUUAACUUGUCACGUAGUGACGCACGCAAUCUACAGUGUGUCCAGAAAAAAGGGAGCCCUUUUGAUAAUAAUUGGUCCUUGGACAGCGCGUCUUGAAGCCUGGGGUCAAGCUUAUAGUGGACAACUGGAACACAAACCUUAAUUUAAAUUUUAAAAAUAACAUUGUUAGAUUUAAAAUGGUUUUUGGAAUUGAAAAAAAUGUAAAUGAAUAUUUACAAAUGAGUUUUCAUCUUUAUAAAAAGGUCUCCCUUUUUUUUUGGACACUGUUGAGAACCACCCUUUAUAGCAAUCAUCACAAGUAGAGGUUUCUAUUCUGACAUUGAGGGAGGGGGAGGGGGAAUACGGGGGCGUGUUUUUCUUUUCUUAAUAAUAUUGCCUAUCUACUCACGGCCGUGGCAACUUUUAUAUCACAACUCAGCGCCCGACGAGUACAUCCGGGUCUCCAAGCACUCCUACAUGACGGCAGCGGACGACUGGGUCCAAAUCGGCGGGAACUUCAAAGUACCAAACAAUGGUGAGUGCAAGCAGGUGAUAACAGCUAAAGAGCUCAUCGCGACAACUGUUUCAAACAGUCAAUCGUCGAUACUAAUGUAAGAAUUCAAAUCAGUUAAGCCGGGGCUUUUCAAAAUUUUCAGGGCGACGUAUCCACGUUUCAUCAAGGGCCGAGGGUUCCCAAUUUGAGAAGCACCGAAUUAGCACGAAAUGCCUAUUUCUCUUUAACUAAAUUGUAGAAACUCUUUAAAAACUUUAUAAUCAGAGAUAUAGAAAUAGUAUAAAUGUAUAAGAUUACUGAAAUGUGCGAUGUCAUAAAGAGCUCGUUUCUUCUCUAUAUUGACAAGAGUACACCCAAGCACGAGUGUACGUCGAGGGCCCCCUCCCGAGUGCCGACUUCUACAUCGACGACAUGUCUCUAAACGAGAUCGUGGUCAGCGCCGACUGGAAGGCGGACGCCAACGCCAGGAUAGAAGCCACCAGGAAGAGCAACAUCCACUUCAAGUGAGCUGUUCGGAAAUUAGAAUAGAUUGUUAGUGAUUUGAGACUGCAGUUAGUUGGAAGUCAGAGAUUCAGAGUAGGUUGUAAGCUAGAGAUUAGAGUGUAAAGAUUAGAGAAGUUUUGUUAGCUAGAAAUGUAUAAUAAUCUGUAAUCUGUUUAAGAAUAAAGUAGGUCGAAUGUUAGUGCUAAAAAGGUGUUUCAACAACAACACGUCUUCAUUAAUUUAUGUAAGAAAUUACUCAAGUUAUUCCUCCUUAUUGAUGGCCGGGAAAAAAACACUAAACUCUGUAAUUAGAUGUUAAUUCAGACGUUUUCACAGGCCUGUCUUUAAAUAAUUAAUGUCUUAUUCCCCCUUUUGUUAAAAAAAUCUUCUUUACCCCUUGACUCUUCGUUUUUUUUUUUUUACUUACCGGAAGUAACUAGCUGAACUUUAGUUUCAAGUUUGUUUGCCCUCACCCCACCGCCCCUUUCCCAGACCAAAUUUUCUUGAACCGACACCAACGUUGGAACUCCGAUUGACCAUUAUCCCCCCCCCCACCCACCCCCCCCCCCCCCCUUUAAGUGCGGUGCUGUGCCACGCACACAGAUCAACACCAAGUAGUUAACAUGAAUUAAUCUUACGCAUAUUUUUAAAGAAAAUUUUAAUCCAACAGUUUUCAUCUGGACUCCAACUAUAGCCCCAGUGACGUCAAAGUUAGGGUACGUUAUGUUUAAAAAAACAGCAACAACAACAGAGGGUUCCAUUGUAUUAUGUUUAAGACCAACAGUACACAUGUUUGCAAACUAUAGUCCUUGGGAUUGAUAAAAGUACAGGUCGGGUAAUAAUUGGAAAGACUGCAAUCAGGUUGAGUCAAAAUAAAAGUAAUGUAAAACCUAAAGGAAAAGGAUCGCACAAAAAAAAAAAAAAACAGAACGUGUCGACGGGAAGCCUUUGUCAGCGAACAAACAACUGAAUUAAAUUUUUUAAAAAGCCCUAAGCUGACAUAAAAAUAAAAAUAAUGUAAAACCUAAAGGAAAAGGAUCGCAAAAAAAAAAAAAAAAACAGAACGUGUCGACGGGAAGCCUUUGUCAGCGAACAAACAACUGAAUUAAAUUUUUUAAAAAGCCCUAAGCUGACAUGUAGCACCCGAAAGGGCUGAAACAAAUAAUAAAAAAUAAUAUAAAAAAAAUACAUGAAUAUUACAUUAAAUAGUUAUUAGGUAUUAGAAAUCAACUCAUUAAUUAACACUAAAAAAUCUCCACGACAUUCUCUGCACACUCAAUGUUCUCCGUUCCAAUUAACCCUUUACAUCUCACGAGCAGAUUGAGCACACAAAGCACCUGUUCGGCUUCGGUUCACUGGUGCGCGCCGACUACAUGAUCGGAACCAGCCAACAGAAGUACAAGGACAUCGUCGCCUACAUGUUCAACUGGGCAGUCUUACAGGACUACAAGUGGCCGUUUGACAAGGGCACACAGGUACGUGAGUUUGAGACCCCGGUCAGGCAAUUAAAAUAAUAAAAGGCAUCCUUUACGCACCUAAAUCAGAAUCUCAAAUAAUAAUAUGUCGUUCAGUGCAGGUAGUCUUGCUGUUGUGCUUUUCUUGUUCUUAUCGUGUUAUGUUAUAAAUGGUUAAUUUGUUAAACCUAUUUUUGUUUGAUUGCAGUUCUCUUUUUUUUUUGUUGGGCUUUGGGAAAAGGGGGGUUGGGGGGAGGAGGCGUUUAUUCCCAAAAGACUUUUUUUGGUAUUGUAACGCCAUACACAAUAAAUAUAAAAUAUUAAGUUAUUAAGAAAUGUAAGUUGUGAUAUGUUUCUCUCGAGAAAUAGUUCCGAUUACCGAGUUAAUUCAGUUUUAAAAAAUAAUUAAAUAACACAAUUCCGUAUCAUACUAUUUAUACUGUUGUAAUUAGGUUGACUCUGAUCAAAUCUGCGACGAAUCACAGGUAUUGUUUAGCUUACAUGGGUUUUUUGUUUGUUAGUUCAGCACCAAACGAUCAAUUUUCCAAUGAAAAAUUAAAAAAAAGACCUUCAAUAAAUUUUAAUAAAUCACAUUACCUCGUCCAUGCGGUAUCCCCAUCAGCAACAUCCUGAUUUCUCACGUGCUGUUGCCGCUACGGAUGAACUCAAAAGACUUGGGUAAGUUAUAGUGUUUUAUUUUGAAUUAUUAAAAAAACACCAAAUUAUAAUAAUACUCGUGUAUAGAUCUUACACCAUUGUAGUUGUUGUUCGUCCGUCAACAUCGACUAGGAUCAUCCAGUCAUCUGGUUAGAGGGGGGAGGGUGGGUUAUGGUGAGUUCGUAGGUGGCUUGCUAGUCCUAUCAGUGCCCGGAAUAAUCUCUGUCACCGCGGGAAGGGGAUAGUUGCUGCAGUCGGUGAUCUAAUAUUGCUCUUUCGGGAUAGCCUGCGUGUCUCAGCUGUGGAUAUCCUACUGGCGUCAUGACCUUUAGCCCCCUUCUUGACAGCUGAUCUUCAUCUAGAUCUUACACUAUUACAGUCCAAUGAACCAACGAACUCAAUUACUUUAUAAGUAAUAAGUCACUGUAUCAUUAUCUGAUUAUAUUCUCUCACUGUUCAGUAUAGUUUGAGGUUGGGGUGGUGGAAGGCUGGAAUCAGGUUGGCUAAUGGAAAUAAGUUGCAAAAGAUAUAGGAGAAGCUUAGGGGGGGGGGAGACAAAAAAUGGAACAACGAACGUUUUGGCAAAAAGCUUUCUUCAGUCUAAAUCAGGGGUGGCCAGACCUUUAGUAGCUGAGAGCCAUUAAACAUAAACAAAAAAUAAUUGUUGAGAGCCGCAUUGACGCACUAGGGGUCACGACCCACUCGCAAUGAAAAAUUCCUUUUGUGGUUUAUUUAAAAAAAAUUACUUUUUAUUCGAAUUUAAUGAUUUAAACAUUUCAAUUGUUUUAACUCUAACCGUUUAUUGAAGAAAUAUAUGCGUUACAGUUACACAAUUGAAGAAAUAUAUGCGUUACAGUUACACAAUUAACAAAUAUUUAAAUAUGUAAAAUGUAUGAAUAGAAACACACUGCAUAUAUACUCAUAAUUAUAGUGAACAUUAAUUGUUAUGAUUAUGCUGAGAAGCCUUUGAACUAGCAAGUUUCUUUAAAUCUGGUUGGUAGCUAGUAGUUGUGUUGCGAUGAAGUUCUGUCAGAUGCUGGUUACUAGUUACUGCUCGAUGCUUUGAUUUUAUGAACUUCAUUGUGGAGUACAAAGAUUCACAGCAGUAGGUUGUACCUAAAAUGGAUAUAAGUCGGCAACUAGCUUUCUUAAGUUGAGGAUAUUUUACUUCUGGCACGAGCUUCUAGAAAUCCAUCACAUAUAGUGACUUGUGUAUCAUCACCAAAACCUGAUCUUCCUGUAACUCUGCUCCAUUUCAGCAGCAGAAGGUUCCAUAAGGAUGUUCAUGGGAUGCUGGAAACCAUCUUUAAUUACGUCUAUCAUGAAUGGAUUUAUGAGAAAAGCGGAACAGGAUUUUAGUUGGUGCAAGUCAUUAAACCUGGCUUGGAAAUCUUCCAGUGAUCCUUGUAACCUAUCUCUAUAUGCCCCAAACGUUCUAAGUUGAAUUCCACCAUCAGAGUAUGAGCUAACUCUAUUCUGAAGACGAGGAAAGGGCUUAAACUCACUUGACAGGAUAUCUCUUUGAAGAAUCUGUAUUUUUGUUCUGAAAGCUGAAAACAUUCUGUAUAAGAUCCGAAAUAAGCUUAUCCUUUCCUUGCAACGACAGGUUCAGAUUUUGUAGAUGCUACAUAAUGUCAGGUAGAAACAUCAAAUCUUCUAUCUAAUCUUCGUCUGCCAGCUGUGGAUAAGACUUGACUUUUUCUUAAAGGAAAGCAGGAAUGGGUUCAAGCAAGUCUACAAGUCUGUUUAGAACAUUGCUGGUAGACAACCACCUAACAACACAGUGGAAUGAAAGGUCAUCUGGUUUGUCUUCGACAUCUAGCUCACCAAUGAAGUUUAUGAAUUGCCGACGAUUUUUUGCAUUUGAACGAAUGAAAUCAGAAUUUGUAGAACCAUUGUCUUUACACUUUCGAAUUUAAAAUAUUUGGCUGCAAGAUUUUCUCUGUGAAUGAUGCAGUGUACAGGAAGAAUAUCGGAUAUUUUGUAUCAUUAGUUAAAAGCCCCAUCAGACUUACAUAUUUACCAAGCAUUGACGGUGCUCCAUCUGUUGCCACACUUACAAGUUUAUUUAUUGGUACACCAGCAUCCAUUAGUGUUUCAUCAAGGGCAUUCUUGACAUCGAUGCCGCGAGUAGUAUCUUUCAGUGCCACUAAGUUUAAUAGCUCUUCUUUUACAGCCACGUCUAAUGAAACAUAACGAACGAACACCGCCAAUUGUGGCGUAUCUUGAAUAUCUGUUGAAUCAUCAAGAGCCAAACUGGAUGCUACACCGUUCUUUAAAUCGUUCGUCACUUUUCCUUCAAUAUCAGCGUUAAUGUCUGAAAUACGUCUCUCAGAGGUGUGGCGUGUGGUGUGGCGUGUGGUGUAGCGUGACAUUGAAAUUUGUGUUAUCAGUCGCCCAAGUCUGGAUUUAUUUGGAUCUAAUAUUGAAAUUACUUCCUCGAUAUUCUUCUUAAUAAAGUCCCAAUCAGAAUAAGGUCGUUUAGCACGAGCAAUAUUCCGUCUUUAUCGAUAAAUGCAAAGUCCUCUUCCCAUUCUGAUAGAAAACUUCUAUUUUCUUCAUUAUAUUUUCGUUUCCUGCAACUUGUUGCCAUAUUUGAUUUAAACUUUUAAAUCAUAAGUUUAGACUCUAAAUGAACAUAAAAUAACUUAUCGUAUGCUAUCACUAUUUACUGUGUACUGUUAGUGACCUAAUCAUGCUAGUGUAGCAUCUAAUUGAAAAAAAACACAUCAGCAGAGUGGAUAAUACUCUAUUUGGAAAACUAAAUUUAGGAUAAAUUACUUUGGAAAUUUGAAUAGCGAACUGAAACUUAAGUCAGCGGUUCUGUGAGCCAUGAAUGACACUUAAACGACGAUGUCACUGGGGACCUGAAUUAUGGUAUUGUUAAUUGGAAAAAAAAAAAAAACCACAAGUAUGCAAUGGAAUGGCUGAGGGUGUGGUGACCGAAUGCUGUAAUAGAAUAGGUUGAUUUAAAAAAAAAAAUUGUACGCAUCACAGUUUGAACGUACGUGGUCACUGCAUGUUCUGGGCAGUUCCUGGACACGAGCCAAGCUGGGUGACACCUCUGUCUGGUCAAACGUUGAGGACCACGGUCGACAAUCACAUUAAAUAUAUGAUGAACAUAACCAAGGGGAAGUAAGAGAUUUUUUUGUUUAUUAAAAACGCUCACAUACAUUGCAUUAAUUUAUUGAUAUUAAAUUUUAAAAAAAAUAUUUUGUGCGUUAAAUUUUACAAAUAAAUAUAAAUUCAUUAUGGAAACAUAUUCUUUUUUAUAUAAUGUGGUCAAUACCUAUAUUUUUUUUGCAUUUUUACGUUGAUACAUUAAAAUCAUAAGAUCCUUUAAAAAAACAAAUCCAGCAAUAUGAAGCUCAAUAAUCAAAAAGAGAAUUUUCUCACCAAGACCUACUUUAAACCGCAGGCUCGCCCACUGGGAUAUCUACAACGAAGAUCUCCACGGUCAUUUCUACGAGUCGAAACUCAACGACGACUCGUUCAGCCAGCAUCUGUACAGGGCCGUGCACGCGGCUGAUCCGGCACCGAAGCUUUUCCUCAAUGACUACAACGUUGUGGCCCAGGGAAUCUCAACACGGGUGAGCUGGUUUGUAAUAUGAAUGGACGCCAUGUGACAGAUAAAAUGUAUAAGAGAUCUGCGGAGUAUAAAUGAAAAAAAACAACCAAAAAAAAACAGAGUUUAAAUUGUGUUGUCUCCUUUUAUACAGCUCGUAAACUUGAACUGGCCUCACUACGGUUCUGGCAAUCACAAUACCCAGAUUUAUAAUUCUGUGACUAGAAUUUAAAAAAAAAAAAACUUAAAAAAAAAAUUUUUUUUUACAAAGGCUUCUUGUGUUCAAUUAUUAAAUCUCAAAUUUUUGCUUUUUAAGCGACGCAUGUAAUUGUAGGUAAAUAAGUAAUGUAUUCGAAAUAUCUGCCCAGGGGGAAUAUCAGCACUUGUUAAAUUUUUAUUAAAUUCCCCGUAGUUACCUUUCCUUUAAUUGCAACCUAUUUUUGGCGAUUCCCAUUACUUUUUAUUGGGGAUAUUUUUUUAUGAUUUUCGUCUAAAUACCAGGCCUACUUGUACCAAAUCAACCGAUUCAAGGCCGCCAAUCUUGGACUGGCCGGUGUGGGAGUUCAGAGUCACUUCACUAACUACGCCGAGCCGGACAUGACGCUCGUCAAAGUAAGAACCUUCAGAAACAGGGUGACAAGAAUGCUUUUGUGUGCACCUGUUGACGUGUGCACCUGUUUACGUAUGCACCUGUUGACGUGUGCACCUGUUGAUGUGUGCACCUGUUGAUGUGUGCACCUUUUCAAGUGUGUCCCUGUUGACGUGUACAUGUUUCAAAACUAGCUUCCAAUCAUUUCACUCCUCCCACCUUCUCCUGUUUGCUUGAUCAUUUUUACUGCUGUUACGGAUGUUACUGCUGUCACUGCUGUCACUGCUGUUACUGCUGUUACUGUUGUUACAUCGUUCAAGAUAUUUAACCCUCCGAUUGCUGUUGUUAUUUGUUGAUGUUCUUUUCUGUUCUUUCAGAACCGUCUUGAUGUUCUUGGAAGUUCCGGUCUGCCAAUAUGGGGCACUGAACUUGACCUUGCGGCUCAUGAUGAAACAACACGCGCCACGUGGUAAGGUCACAGUCAUGCCUGAAAUAGUCAGUUAUCCUUGCAAUAGUAACUGUCCUGCUUACAAUAAUCCUAUUUAUGCUUGUAUAAGUAACAUUAAUGCCUGCAAUAGUCACAGUCACGCUUGUAUAAGUCAGAGUCAUGCUAGGAUAGGUCACAGUCAUGCUUGUAUAAGUCAAAGUCAUGCUUGUAUAGGUCACAUCCAUGCCUACAAUAAUCACCGUGAUCUUUGUAUAGGUCACAGUCAUGCUUGUCUAGGUCACAGUCAUGCCUGCAAUAGUCACAAUCAUGUCUGCAAUAGUCACAGUCAUGCUUGUAUAAGUCACAGUCAUGCCUUCAAUACUCAUAUCAUGCUUGUAUAAGUCACAGUCAUGCCUACAAUUCAACGAUGAUCGCGUGUUUAAUGUGAACCCAUCGACCUGUCAAGGUGGAAUGCCAACCCCAACCAAAAAUAAAUUUCAAAUAAUAUCUGUCGAUUAAGUUUAUUUAGCAGCUGUUUCUUUUGUAGCUGAACUGGGAAUCGAAAGAGAUCUAAAAAAAAAGUGUGACAGAAUUAAAUUAGUAAUCCAACAAUGGCAAUGUAUUAUAGUAUUCGUAAUGCGAAAAUGUUAUUAAAUUCAGUAUUAGUUCCCUUGUUAAAAUUUGCAUUCAUGUGUUGCCUUUUAAUAACUUUAAAAACAAAACAAAAAAACUUACCUCGUGUCACAGGUACGAGAACAUCCUGCGAAUGUACUUCAGCCACAAGAGCGUUGAAGGCGUUUUGUUCUGGGGCUUCUGGGACAACUACAUGGACCAUGACAGGGCUAUUGUACACGGCCCCUCCUUGACUGUAAGUGGACAAAGAGGAAAAUUCUAAUAUAUAUAUAUAUAUAUAUACAUUCAUACACAAUGUGUGACAAAAUUAACUCUACUGAAUUUCCUUGAAAGCGUAUAUGCAUUAGUCGAGGGCGCAUAGCUUCAGACGCCACGUGUUUCCAGUAGUGAAACGGACGAUUAUUUUUGGGGCUGUUGUAUUUCAAAAAUGGGUCACCCGGCACAGGAAAAUUUCACAGCUGAGUAGAGACCGACCGAAUUUCUGCUUCGGCUUCGGUUUCGGCGCCGAAAGUGGCCAUUUUAUCACUUUCGGCCAAGUUUCGGUUUCGGCCGAAACUGAAAAGUUAACUUUCGGCUUAAUUUCGGUUUUGGACGAAAGUGAAACGUUAACUUAUGAUUUUUCUUCGGUUUCGGCCGAAAUUGACUUAGACUCAGGUUUUCGGUCAUUUAAUCCAAAGCGAAAGCGAUAUUUAACAACAAACUAAGCGACAUUUAAGAACAAAUUAAGCGAUCUUUGAGAACAAACUAAACGAUAUUUAACAACAAACUAAACGACAUUGAUGAACAAACUAAACGAUCUUUAAAACAAACUAAGCGAUCUUUAAGAACUAUCUAAGCGAUCUUUAAUAACUGAACGAUCUUAAAGAACAAACUAAACGAAUUUUAAGACCGAACUAAAUGAUCUUUAAGAACAAAACAAAUGAUCUUUAAUAGUAAACUAAAUGGUUUAUAAGAAUAAACUAAGUGAUCUUUAACAGAAAACUAAAUGUUCUUUAGGAACAAACUAAAAUAUCCUUAAGAACAAACUAGUGAUCUUUAUGAAAAAACUAAGGGAUCUUUAACAACAAACUAAGCGAUCUUUAACAACAAACUAAUGCGAUCUUUAUGAACAAACUAAAAGAUCUUUAAGAACAAAUAAAGCGAUUAUUAACAAAAACUGGAAGAUCUUUAACAACAAACUUAGCGAUCUUUAAGACCAAACUAAACAAUCUUUAACAACUAAUCAGGCGAUCUUUAUGAACAAACUAACCGAUCUUUAAGAAAAAAUAAAGCGAUCAUUAACAAAACUGGACGAUCUUUAACGACAAAUUAAGCGAUCUUUAAGAACAAACUAAACGAUUUUUAACAACAAACCAAGCGAUCUUUAACAACAAACUAAACGAUCUUUAACAACAAACUAAACGAUUGUUAACAGCAAACUAAACGAUCUUUAAGAACAAACUAAAUGGUCUAUAACAACAAACUAAGCGAUCUUUAACAACAAGCUAAGCGAUCUUUUAGUACAAAUUAAGCGAUCUUUAAGAAUAAACUUAGCGAUAUUUUAGAACAAACUAAGCGAUCUUUAUGAACAAACCUCACCGAUCUUUAAGAACUAACUAACCGAUCAAUAACAACCAGCUAAACGAUAUUAUUAAAACAAAUUAAGCGAUCUUUUAGAACCAACAUUUUUAGAGAUACGGUUUACAAAAAUAAUAUUUUGCAUUAAUUCCCCCCCCCCACCCCAUUUUUUGCCACAUUUUCUCCUACCAUACUAAUUUUAAAAAAAAUGUAAAGCAAUUUAAAUUACUUUUAUAUUAAAAUGGAAAAAUCCAAAGUAUUCUUUAGAUAAAGGUUUUCAAAAUCGCAAAGGCGGAGCGUGGGAGGGGGGGGGGGGCGGGCGCAGGAGGUAGUGUCUGAAUGAGAGUGGGCCGCAUCAAGUAAUCCACAAAAAAGUGAUAACUGUUACAAUCUGCUCAACCUUUAUAAAUAACAAGAAAAUCAUUAAGGGUUCUCAAGAACUAGGAUUCACUUUCAUGCACCUACUUACUAAUGCAUACAAAAAUAUAUAGAAACAUAAAAAAAAAAAAAUCAGAAUUAAACUAGUGGUGAGAUUCGACUGAAACCGUCGCGGAGAGUCACGUUAUUAGAUAUGAGAAUGGGGGAAACGGGCCGGCGCAUUUACCCUAAACUUUUCUGUCAUGUAGCGGGCCGCCAAUAUCGUCUUGCGGGUCACAAAUGGCUCGCGGGACGCGAGUUUGAGACCCCUAUAUUAGAUGUUUAUUUAUUAAUAUUCACGAUUAUCUCAUUUUUAUAAAAAAGAAUGUAAAUAUUUAUAAUUUCCCCCAUCAUUUUCGAUGUAUGCAGAAUGUAUGCGGGAACGAAUUUCAAAAUAUCUUUACAUUUCAUUUUCGGUUUCGGCUUCGGUUUCGGCCGAAAUUCAAUUUUAAUUUUCAGCCUUUUUUCGGUUUCGGCCGAAUGUCAUUUUUAAACUUUCGGCCUUUUUCGGUUUCGGCCAAAAGUCAUUUUCAACUUUCGGCCUAUUUUAUAUAUAUCGCUCGUUUAUAACAUCAUACUACUGGUCAUUGGAAAUACUCCAUAAAAUUGGUUUCAACAAUUCUAUAAGUUUUCAUAAUCGUCCAGAUCACGGGGGUCGGCAAACUACAGCCCGCAGACCGGAUCCGGCCCGCGGCUUCGGUUUAUCCGACUGGCCAGGACCUCGUUAAGUUUAAUACAUAGUAUCGUUUUUUAUUUACGAUAUCAACACCAACAUAAUUGUCAUAAAUGAAAAUUUUUGUAAAAACAGUGUUGGUUCCCUUAUCCACGCAAUAUCGUCAAGAAAAUAUAGCAUCUUGUGUAAUUCUCUAACGGAAAAUUCUUAUUCGUUAGUAUACAUAAAAUGGAAUUUUUGAUCCCAACUAAAUGUUGUGAAGAAAUCGCGCUGUAAGUAAAAGGACCAUUUCCACAAGUUUUUGACCACGAAGUGCUUUCCGGUAAACGACAGCUGUUUUUUAGGACCGAUAUCGGUGUGAAAACAAAAGAAUCCACCAAAACCCGUUUUGUUGUGUCGUUGGUGAGAUGCCAUCCUCCUGAACUUCCAAUGGAAGGGAUCGAGCGGCAAUCCGAAUUUAUGCUGAAAGACAUGCACGAAGAGCGAAAACGGAUAGACUCCAACAAGUGGCUCUCAGGUGGAUGAUUUUCUCAUUUAAAUAACACUUUCGUGAAUUCAUUUCAGUCUUGGCCACUUCGUGAGUGUGUGACGUGACAUUGAAAACAAUGAAACAUGUAACAUCUGGCUAGAGAGCAGCUCGAUGAGCACUCGUAAACAACUUCGAUGAACGUACAAACUUUGAGCCUCAACUAAAUGUCAUUGUGUCGGAAGAGCAUCAGGUUCACCUAUCUCACCGAUGGGACAUGAUUGGCCAAUUUCCCGUCUAGAUAAUUUGAAUAGAUUUAUUUCAGUCCGAUAGCACAUUUACGCAAUACAUAGACUCAAGACAGUUGUUUUUCUUCCACUAUCGCAAGUUUUUGCUAUCAUAAAGUAUCUUGACACUUCGUAGUUAUUGAGUCUUCAGAUGUACACAAAUUGAAACACAGAUCUAGAUGUUAUGUUGGAUGGCUUUCGGCCCGGAUACAAGUGAGAUCACAGUUGUAUUUCUAUUUAAAUAUUUGCUAUUAUUAUAGUUCUCAUAACUAUUAACUGCGGAAGACCCAAGGUGACAUAGCUUAACAAAAACAGCAGGUAGAGGUGGCUCGACAGAAAAAGCAAGCAGCGUGGCUCAAUAGAAGCAGAAGAUAAACGUGGCUCAAAAACAGCAUGGUGACAUGGCUCGCCAGAAGCAGCAGGCAGACGUCGUUAUAUAAGAUUUAAUGAAGCACUACUCAUGACGUAACAAGUCCCUGUAAAUCAAUAAAAAAAUAAAUACGACAAAAGGCUUUCAAAUCCUGUUAGAUUUUUUUGUGGUAUAAAAGUAACAUAUAUUCACCCUAAUGUCUUUUACGAUAGCUGGACAAGGCUGGCGAGCGAUACCUUCAACUGACCAAGCAGGAGUGGAGCACCCACGUGAACAGGUCGCUGUCGGCGGGGACAUCCUUCACCGUCAGGGGCUUCCAGGGCAACUAUGACGUCAUUGUGCUGCACCGUGACAAGCCCGUCAAGAAACAAUCGUUUUUCGUGGGCAAGGCGGACACGACCGUUGACGUCACACUGUCCGGAGUACCUCGUAAGUGUAAAUUUAGUUUUGUGAAUUUUAAAAUCUUUUUAACGAUAAAUUUCUUCCGUCGUAUUUUAGACGUUUGGAAAUUUUAUGUUUGAGACUCUAGACUGUUCCCUUUUUUCUUUUCCAAGUAUUUAGUAAAUGGUCAUCAAAUUUGCGCAUCAGAAAGCUUUAUUGUAGUAAUGCGAUGUCGUUUGUCAUGGGAUUUGGGAUAAAAUGAAGAAUUUUGUAAAAUGUUUUUUGAUAGAUGUGUUCUUGCGUAUUGUUUAGGGUGAAAGAAACGCAUUUUGGAUCAGGGGAAAUGUCUGGUUCUUGAGAUCCGCAUGGUCAAAGGAAAGCGUUUGGGAUGUGAAAAGGUUUAAUGAGUUGGCGAGUGUUGUUUGUGUUCCGUCGGGAAUUCACCGAGCCACAAGGUACACAUCGUUAAUCGGAAGACACACGCACCAAAGUGCGGCCAUGGUCGGGGAAGUAUGGCAUUGUUACUGAACGCCCAUUCAGACAUUGCACUGGAUGUCGAUUUUCCUCAGACUACACCCACAAGUUCUUAUGCUGCCAACUUGAUGUCCCGUGAAGAGUCCAUAACGCCGAAGUCGGCGCCUCUGCUAGGAUUUUUACGUCUUGAGAGACUAGAACCUUUGUCCAACAAACGCGUUUCUUUACAGACGUUAGCGUCGAGUAUUCUACACAUUGAUAUUAGCAAUAAUGCGCCUUUUCGUUGUUGUCAUGCACUCAGUUCGCUUACCCCUUCAUCUCGUUUCACAUCUCAGAACAAAUUCAAGUUCCUGCCAAAGUAAAUCCGUUCCACGCCCGGUCUGUUGAUGAUGCUGACGAUGGCGAGGCUGUCGACUGAAGUCUUUGCAGGAUGAGUGAGAUCACUCGGAGGAUGUCACACACUCGUCAAAUGUUGUAUACGCAUACUUUCCAACGGUUAAGCUUCUGUUCAAAAAUGAAUAAACAGUGCAACCAUGCGUCUAUAAAUAUGAUGGAAUCAGAAAUGCUUUUGUUAAAAAAAGUGUGUGUAUGGAUUUGUUUGUUUGUAUAAAACUUUUCUGUUAAUUAAAAAAAAAAAGAUAUACUUUUAAAAAUGUU